AUGCAAAAAAUAAAUAGUAUUAAGUAUUAGGUUUUGGAAGCUAAGUAUAUAAAAGCUACAAUAGACUGUCUAAAUCAAGUAAGAAACCAGGCUGGGACAUUUAAUCAUGAAUUAGGGUAUAAGGAAUAAAUUAAGAGUGAAGAAAACACUAUAUUUAUGUAGUAUCCUGAUGUUUGCUGUUCAACUAUUAUAGCUUUAGAUACAUAAAAAGAAGAUUAUGUUUGCGGAAUUUUAGCUGGAUUAGAUUUUUGUCAUUAUACCUAAAUUUUAAGGAAAUAAGCCUCUGAUAGCUUUAUGAAUGAAAAGAAUUAAAUGGCAUUGAAGCUUGUAGAACCAUUAAUUGCACUUAAUUACUAAAAGGGUGAAAGCUUAGUAGCAAUGAACUUAGGUGUAAGAUCAGAAUAUGAGAAUCUUAAAAUUGGGUCAAAUCUAUUGAGGUUAUUGAUAGAAAGAGCUUCAGAACUGAGAUAUAGCAUAAUUACUGGGAUAACUUAUAAUCCUAUUGCAACGCAUGUGUUUUAAAAAAAUAAUUUUUAAAUAUGUAGCUGCUUUGAUAUGAGCAAAUCAAAUCUUGAUGAAGAAAUUAAAAAGAGGAUAAAACAUAAAGAUUUGUAUCUUUUAGGGAUUUUAAUUUAAAAUAAUAUAUCAAAUAUUAAAAUUCCAUAAAUUCUUUAAAAACCUAAUAUUUGA